CAACGUUUUCCCAGGAUAGCUAUUGGUCCUUCCUAACUAUAAAAUAUACUCAUCCAGAAACAGCCCAAGAUUUUUCCUUUUUGGAGGCAGUGAAGAAAGGGGUUAUUGUGAGAAUUAAGAAGAUUAAAAGAAGAAGCUAUAAGCAAAAAGGCUUGCGUCAUGGAAAGGAUCAUUGUCCCCCAGCCCCAAGCUGUGGAUUCUCUUCGCCGUUUCCAGGUGUUGUUGCUGGAUAGAAGGAGCAGGCUUCAUGGCCAGAUCCGGAGCCUCCGGGACAUCAUCCGGAAGAUUGAAAAGCUUCGCAAACGGUCUCUACUGGCUAACAUCGCAGGAAGUUCCCUGAGUGCAGCUGGAGCCAUCACAGCCAUUGUGGGGCUGUCCUUGAGUCCCAUCACUCUAGGGACCUCUCUUCUGGCGUCAGCAGUAGGGCUGGGUGUGGCCACUGCAGGAGGGGCAGUUACCAUCAGUUCGGACUUGUCCCUGGUGUUUUGCAACUUCCGAGAGCUGAGAAGAGUGCAGGACAUUGCAACAAUUUGCCAGGACCAGAUGAGGGAAAUACUAGGGUGCUUGGAUUUCUUUUGCCGGGGGCAAGGCUGUCUGGACGUUCAGCUUCUCCAGUCUGGGAAGAAGGCUUCCAUUGCUCUAUAUAAUUCUGUUUAUUUUAUCGUGUUUUUCGGCUCACGUGGCUUCCUCAUACCCAGGCACACAGAGGGGGCCACGAAGGUUAGCCAGGCCGUAUUGAAGGCUAAAAUUCAGAAGCUGGCCGAGAGCCUGGAGUCCUGCACCACUGCCCUGGAUGAACUCAGUCAGCAGCUGGAAUCUAGAGUGCAGCUCUAUGCAAAAAACAAACAUAGAAGCCCCUGUUUGGACUCAAAAGAUUCUCUGGACAAAUAUAGAGCCAUGAUUUUUUGAGAGCAAAGAUUUCCCCCAGAGAUUAAGACCUUGGAGCUGAAUUGGGAUGGGUAGUUGUACACAAAGAAUGGAAAGAAAAAACCAACCCAACUUCUUGUAAAAGGGAUGCAUGCUUUGGGUAUGGAUUGGAUUUCUGAGAUCCUGUGUAACACUGAGAUUUUAUGAAUAUGUGACUUGAAAUGGGCGGGUCCUCAUAGCCCUUAUUUUUUCACCUCUGUGAUAUCCUGGGACUGAAAGGACCGGGGUUUAGUGCUGGAAACUUUUCCAAUUUGUUACAGUAGCAACCGUGGAUGGCAAUACUAAUGUGUUCUGUGCUAGCAAAAUGUUUUCAUGUCAACAUCAAAAGUUUCCCAGGCAGGAAUGCCAACCAAAAACUAUUUAAGUGUUCUUCUCUAAGUACCUAGUGGUUGAAAUCGUACCAUGCAGAAUUACCUGGAUUUUCAAGAUGGCUCCAGUUCUGCCUUGGGGGUGCAGAUUGAGGCCAAAGAGGGUCUAGGAGAUUUCUUCAGAGUCAGGUCAAUUCAAAGGAUUCACUUCAAGCCCAAGGUAAUUGAAAGGCCCCAAAGAUGUAUUAGGAAGCAGCGCAUAUCUAAUACCUCCCCUUCUUCUGAAGGAGCCCCAGAGGAUGCAGAACAAAAGCCAGUUACAGAGGCCAAAGAGGACUUCUACCUCCUCUUUAUGACCAUUCUCCCCACACCCAUAAUAAACCAACAAAAAUCUCUGGUUCAGAAUUCAAGGAAGGGACCUGGAACUAACCUGACCCUUUGUUCUCCCUAGCUGUCUCUGUUUAAGAUUCACCUUGGGUUUGGAGAGGACCACUCGAAGCAGCUGUAGGCUGAAUUUACCCAUCCUGACCUAAUGAUUUCAAGGGUCUCUGAGGCUAUUACUCCAAUAUUCAGUUGUGCAGUCCCAAUGGGGUCCACUUCCUGCUACCUGUCUAUUCCGAGUGGCAAGCUGAAAGACAGUCAGCAUCCCAUGGGAUAAUGGAAAAGAUGAGAUAACUGGGAAAGUGGUGGGGUCAGUAUAAGGGAAUGGAUAAUUGAUAUAAAAUUCCCCACUUUAUCAAAUAAAGGAUAUGACACAUUCUGCCCUUUAGAGGGCAGUAUUGACUAUAUGUUGUAGAAACUGGUACACCAAAGAAUGUAACUUUAUUGAGAAGCUAGCUUUUCUACCAUUUAUUUCAACAGCACAUAAGGUAUUUUAUUUAUUUAUUUAAGUUUUAUUAUUUUAUUGCUUUUUGUUAUAUAACCGAAUUUUUUUUUAAUUUUAGGC